CAGUGGAUGAGUCUGUGGAGCCGGUUGCAUAGCCACACGGCGCGCGCCCACAGGUUGCCAACGCGGAUCCGCCCAAUGCUGCCACCUGGCGGAGGGGUCAGGGCGCUGCUGGAGGAGCGGACUGCCGGCGAAUCGAGUGCAGCUGCACCGUUCGUCGUUCGUUCACAUGGUUUCGUGUUUGCGGCAAGUUUGGUCGCGCGCGCCGUGAUCACACCUUCGUCGUCGACCGCAAUUCGGCCCGAACGGAGAGCAGCGAGUCGCCGACCGCGUUCGUCCACCGUCCCUUCAGUCAGGUUCAACUUCCGUGUGAUACAACGGCGAUGCGGACUUGGUGAAAAGUUGGGAUGUCGACGAAACGCCAGUCCGCCGACGGGGGCGUCGCCAGCAAGGGCGGUGGCGGAUUCAUGUUCGGAAAGGCGCGUUCUAGCGUCAGGAUUCUUCGCAAAAACAACAACCAACCUAAUAAUGGUUCUGAAUCGACGCCUCCGCCUGCAGCCUCGUCCAAUCCUCUGGGUCGGUGGCUGCGUGGCCUCGGCAGCAGCAACCACUCGAGCGGCGCCAACAACUCAACAACCAGCUCGAAUGGCACCGAUGAGGGCCUGAACCGGGCCAACCCUGUUUACCACAGCGAGGGUAAAGGGUUGAGGAAACGGUCCAAGAACAAAGACAGGCGACGCUACAGUUUCAACGAGAAGGUGGAGAAAUCAUCUUCGAACGCAAUAGCAAAUGGAAGGAAGGAGGUGGUUAAGGGCGAGUGUUCAGCGGCCAAGGAGCAGGCGGCCGGUCCGAAACUCCCGAUGAGUCGCUCGACGCCCAACCUGCAGCAGCCGGUCAGCAUUUUCUACGUGAACGACGCCCCCGCCUCGGCCGGUGUGCCGGGGACGGGCGGCCUCCACCAUCACUUGCCGCCUCCGCCGAGCCGCUCAGACUCGGUCGGCUCCUUGUUGGCCUCGUCGUCGUCGGGACUCAGCAGCUGGGGCAGCAUCCAGGACGCUUCCAAAGCUGGGUGGGAGCAAGCGCCGACCCCGCCAGUGCGAGAUGCCAGCAGUCUCAAGGCCCUCAGAUACGGCCCGGGCCACGAGAAGUUUCCCUCUUGGCCGGUGCCCGCCGCCGCUGACCAACUGCCCGCCGUCAAGCAGUGCUGCCACAACACCGGAGGCUCUCACAGGUCCAAGUCUUGGACGGAGCAGACGGACUACCCGAAGGAGUCGAACGGCCCUUAUUACUCUCGUCCGUACCUGAGGAGGCAGGCGUCCUCAGGUAUCACCCUGAAGACGGUCCUCGAAAGGUCAGAAGCGGCCUUGAUGUUUGCGGAACCGCCUCCACCUGAGCAGCCGCACCUCAGGUCGCUGCCCACACUCGACAGGGAGGGCCAAGCCAUCGGCGACCUGAGGUACCUGGCACCCUCGCCACCUGAGAGAGACGCCUCCGUUCAAAAAACAGAUUCACAGGUGCCACUUUUGACUCAGGCGGAGGUCGAGGAGUACGCCAGGACUUACGAUGCCGCCCUCCUCAGACAGCAAUCUGCGGAACUCUUCGGCUGCUGCACAGGUCCGGUGCACCAGUCCCAGGGCAGCUACGCCCAGUCCGAGGGCUACCACAGCUAUGUCUCAAGCACAGACUCCACAAACACACCCUUCCUGGACAGUAUUUUUGCAUUCAGGUUGCGCCAGGACAGCCAAGGUGGCCACGGCCAUCACCAUCACCACCAGGCCAGCGUGGCCAGCAGUGGAUUGGCUUGGGACGAGGAUGAGGCGGCCAGCAUGAUGGGCCCUUCCGUUUCUGCUGGCGAUCUCAGGUGGAGAGGCUCCCUGAGUGACAUGAGCGUCACCUCCAGCUCUGUUGGACUCUCUUCCUUGAACACUCGGCAGCUGAUCGCGCACAGCUCCAAGGUGCAGACUCCGCAGAGGCACAUGUCCGAGAGUGUGCUCAUUCUGUCCUCUCAGCACAACCAACCGCCAAGUCAAGCCAACGCCUCGGCGUCUUGGCUCAGAGCAAAUAGAAGUUACAACCAGUCUGUUGGAAAUAUCAGAAAUUCCGCCCUUCACAACUUCACAGUGGCCGAGAGGAUCAAUGAGUUGGAACGCCAAUCAUUUUCCUCCUCCACCACCGCGCUGGCGCCUCCAAAGGUCCAGCCGAGACUGAAACCCUCGGCGCAGGGAUCCUUCGACUCGUCCAAUUUGAAAGCCGUCCAGAAACAGGCUCUGCUCAGUUUCUACGAGAGACAACACCAGCAGAAGAGCAGCGCCUGGAAGUCCGAGCCCUACCUUGCUCCUCCACCUGCGCCUCCGAGGUCAGCGGCUGUUGAGGCUUACAAUCGAAGAGCUGAACAGAUUGAUUUUGAGUGGCACCUGAGUGACCCUGAGCCGUCGUACCUGGCCAAACCAGUGUCCCUGUCGCCCCACUCGGAGGGCAGUCUUCGCCGGCAGAGCCACAGCAGUUCAAGCAGCAUCUCCUCGGGAGACGCCCUGCACCUGAGCCCCCAUCACAUGAAGCCCAAGAAGCUGCCCUCGCCCACAGACACCUCUGCUGACCUGCUCGGCCCCCUCAUCCUGGGCUCGCCCAUUCUGCUGGACGAGUGGGUGCCCGAGCGGCCCCCGAAGAAGCCCCACCUGAGGGCCAACAUCCCCUCCGGCAGGUCCUCCUCCUCCUCCUCAGCACUGCAACCGCCCCACCUGUUGAAAAGGUGCACCUCCAGUCCGGAGCCUCCGCCGCCUCCGACGCCGCCCCCGCCAAAUUUGGAUAAUGAUGUCUUCCACAGUGAUGAGCCACUGCCACCACCGCCUGUUGACAUUGAAAAUGUCUGCACCGAAGGGAGCAACAGCAAGUCUUCGAGCAUUCCGUCGACGGUGGUGUCGUCGUCGGCCGGCCUGCUGCGUAGCAACGUGGACGCGCCGUGCAGCAUCGAGGGUUCGUACAAACGCACCCCCGAGACGCCGGUGAAGGCGUCGGUGGUGACGACGCCCCUGGACGCCACCACGCGCGCCAGCAUCGCCUCGUCGGUGGCGGUGGGGGUGGCGCCCUCGCUCGCCUCCUCCGCCCCCCGCAUUUUCCGCCCCCUCACCAACAAACAACCCCUUCACAACAACAACAACCACAGUCCCAACGUCAACCACAACAACAACAACAACUCGGUCAAGAGCGGCUUGGACGGCGUCGCCAGACAACUCUCGGCGCUCUCCAUCCCAGGCAAAAAAGGUCUCUUCGAGAAGAACAAGCACGACGACCACCGGCUCAUCCUGCCCCCGAAAAAACCAACCCUCUACAGACCUGCCCUUAUCUCGGACCCGUGCCCUGUUAUAGCCCCUUUGGCGAAUCGAAGCCUAAAGCCGAUGGUGCCACCCCUGCCGUCCGUGCCACCGCCGCUGACUGAUUCAUUUGAGUCUCAAGCCAACAGUCUGGACGCCUCCUCGCAAACAGAUCUCUCGAGCAGAACGGAAGCACCGUGUGAGCCGAGUUCAAACGAGAAGCCUCUCGCCAGUGGCGCCGUUUCCUCGCGGUUGGCCUCGGAGGCGGCGCUCAGGGAGGAGGAGGAGUGCGCCCAGUUGACCCGAGACCUUGCAAGUCAACUCUCGCCCUCGGACAGACUGCAGGAGAUUUUGGCUCCGCAAGUGGAGAAAAUUAAGCCGACUGAGUUUGUGGAAGGUCUGUUCCAAAUGAGACCACCCUCGAGGGCCUCCACCAAGACCCUGGCCAAGGCCCCAAGUCCUACACCUGCAGCACCUCCCCAGGUCAACGGCCACAACAAGUCUGCAGAAUUAAGUGCCACAGAGCCUCUUCCGGCCAACUCUGCCUAUUUCACCACUUCAGAACCAAAAGCCAUGUUCCUCACCAGGUACAGCAAGGAUAUUUCCAGCAGCAACCCACCCAUUCCUGAUUUGCAACACAAAAAGGAGGAAUUGGUUGCUCGGCUGACAAAGAAGCUGGAAAUCUUGAAAGAGGAGCAGACUGUGGUGGCCAUGGAGAUCAAAAUCAACGAGAUGCUGGGCCUUGGGUUGCAGGACCGACUGAAAGAGGCUGCCAAGCACCAGGAGGCGGCAAAACUUGCUCUCCACGUCGACGAGGUCGGCAAGAUCACGAGUCUGUUGCUUGGGCUGUCCGGCAGGUUGGCCAGGGUGGAGAACGCCCUGGUCGGACUGACCACUGUUCCUAAAAGUGAAGAAAAAGACACACUUCUUGCCAAGAGGGACAAGUUGACCUCUCAGCUGACCGAGGCCAAGUACUUGAAGGAGUGCAUUGACAAGCGCAGUGCCCACCUGGCCAAGAUGCUGACCCGAAUCCUUGACCUGGACGCCUCCACGGACUUUGAGCACUUCAUCUGCAUGAAGGCCUCACUUCAAGUUUGUGCCCGCGAGCUCGACGACCGCAUCGGUCUCGGCGAGGAACAACUGGCCGCCCUCAGAGAGACCCUUUCUGCCUAAGCUUUCCCACUAACCCUCUCCCAUUAGCGAUUGUUAUUCAGCGCGGGUAACGAUCACUAGUGAUAGAUUAUUUCUCGCAGACCAUUUUUUUUAUUUGAAGAGCCUUAAAUUAUUGUUUCACAAGCCGUGAAGCACGCUAAUUUAAGAAGAAGAUUAAAUGAUUCAAAUUUCUCAACUGUUCAGAGUCUCUCUUUUAUAUUGUGAGUGAGGAGAAAAAUCUCAUUAUUGGUAUACAAAACUAAAAAAUUGCUCUGAAUUCGACGCGUCUUAAUUGAUUGAAUUAACUCUGUAACUAGUCUACCUGAGUAAAUGGGAGUGUGUAAAUAAGAAGUUAUAACAACAUCAUCUCUUGUGCAAAACUUAUGGACUUUUGUGCUGCGACACCCAGUCGAUUGUGUGUGUAACAGUGUCUACUACUACUAUUAUAUGAAUAUCAUUGUUUCGAAAGAAAAUUCGUCUCUCUCUUUCUUGAAAACUGGAUUAAAUUUUGUUGUUUUUGAGGCUGCCUUGUGAUAUGUGAAUAUUAAUAUUUUUGUUGAAUUGUUGGACUAGCAGGAAAAAUGUUAUCAAAUCAAUCAAAGCAGGUUGUAUGCACUGUUCACCCAAAAUUUAUUUGUUCAGAAAUCAUAUAUAAUUUUUGUCUGUAAAAUAUAAUUUAAACCAGCUCUCUAGUUUCUCCGGUUUUCCCGUUUCUGUUUAAAAAAAAACGUGCCUAAAUAAUUUUUCUCAGCCAUUUCACUCCCCGGUGCUUAAACUCACAAUUAAAGUGCUUUGUUUUUGCUUCCUCUCUCAUUUAUACCGUGUUAAAAGAAGAUCAGUUGUAUGUGCCAGGUCAGAGCUGAACAUGUUCCUAAUGACUCUGAUCACGUAAUUAUGCUAGCGGUAAAUUAGCAAUUAGUUUUACUGUGUCCACAAAAUUUUUUGGGAUUUUCAUCUCGUCUUUUAUGUUGUUGAUCUAUGUACAAUUAACAAUUUUUCAAUAUGCAUAUAACAAAAACUACAAAGUGACAAAUAAAAGCGUGCUUAAUUUUUCAAGUACAGUGGAUCGUGUAAUCAAUGGAUCGAAAUGUAGCAUUGAAGAAAAUCAAAUAAAUUUGUUAUUAAAGACC